AUGGCGAACAUGAGCAGGAAGCUCAACGAGUUGACCGCUUUACACAAACAGAACAGUGACUUGCUAGCCGAUAUCGACCGUGUGCUGGUUGAAGAGAACCGGAGUGAUGUCGAUCUUCGUCAUCAGCUUCGAUCAGAGCGUGUGCGAUUAGCCAGCGACGAACUGGUGGGACCAUUCGUUCAGGAAAUGUCAAAGCAUCUUGGUGAUCUCAAACAGGCCUCCGAAGUCGACAAAGCGCUUCGAAACCUAUUUGAUUCAAACCAGAAGGCCAUCGAUAUGCUCAGUAAGAGUGAGGUAAAUCUCUGA